AAAGGAUUUGCGAUCAGAUUAUGUAUCAUCUAUUUUUGGGGGUUUAUAUCAUGGCACAAAUUUGGCCUGUUGCUGCUACACAGUAAAACCACAAAUUUGGCCCAUCGCUGCUACCAGGUUAACCUCAUUAUCGUGUUAAAAUCCCUGUAUCUCACUGUUAUCUUCCUCUCCCUCUAUAUUAUUUGUCAAUCUCUCUUUCUCUCUCUCCCACAGAUGUCUAAGGUUCCGCCCACGCAGCUGAAGGGUGCCAAUGCCUACACAUGCGUCGACCACAGGUGUGCGCUGGACAUUGCCUACAAUUCAUGGUUCAAAUGGGAGCGUCGGCGGAGAUCGAGCUGGCUGAAGGUUGGCGGCCAGGUCAAGCUCGCCUCGGACAAGGAGUUCUGUGAGAUGUACUCGGCCGAUGUUGUUGACCUCGAAUACAUCAAUCUUACUAAGGUGGUAGAGGUGUGGGUCUACAUCUACAUGGACGACGGACUCAAGGGGAUCGCUGAAACUACUACUAUUACUACUCUUUAUACUGCUAUGUGUACUAUUAAAUCCUCUAUACUGCUUCUGUUGACGAGCCCGUCCAUGGUGAAGAAGCCUUGUCCUACCCGCGCCGAGGUGACCCGUGUGGGCAACGCUGCCAUGGACGGACCAGUGGGGGAGGCGGUGGCUGAGUGGAUAGCACGAUGGCGCCACAUUUGGGACAACAGUGAAGAUGGAUGA